AUGCUCUGCACGGCGGGAAAGGAGGAUGCUGAGAGAUAUCCUGAAGCUGAGAAUCAAGAUGGCGCUGAUGGGAGAGUUAUCGAGUGCCCGUCCGGCGAUGCUAUCAAAUCGCCAUGGCCAGGUUUCCGAGCUGCUGAGUGCCGUCGAGGCAUGACGACCGAAAUCCAGAUUUACCAAAGAUUAGGUCCUCAUCCGCGCCUGGUGAUGAUGAUCGAGUGGAAACUUGACGACUGCUGCCUUACUAUGGAAUACAUGCCUAAUGGUCAUCGUAAUGACUAUCUCCGCGCCCACAACGACGAGAUAUCCACGACCCAGCGUCUUCAGUGGAUUCAAGAGGCGGCCGAGGGACUACAACUUUUGCAUUCGGCCAAUGUUAUGCGCUCUGAUGUGGAACCAAAAAAUCUCCUGUUAGACGCUGCCCUCGGCCUUAGAAUUGCGGACUUUAGUGGUUCUUCAUUUGAAGGAUCAAAGGCAUUAGCACGGGUAGGGACAAGAUUUUCACUACCUACUAUUACCUUCAAUUCCCCAGCGACGAUUCAGGAUGACCUAUACGGGUUGGGUUCCACGAUAUAUACCAUAAUGACUGCCGGAUACCCAUUUCAGGAACUUCCUAGCGAUAAAGUUAUAGAACGAUGUAAGGCUCAUGAAUUCCCCGACGUAACAGGAGCAGCCUGUGGUCCAAUAAUUGAACGCUGUUGGCGCUGCGAAGUUGCAUCUGCCCAAGAAAUAUAUGACUUUGUUGAAGCAGAAACAAAACACACUGUGAGUCCUGCCAAUUAUACGCAUUGGCAAUGCCAAGGCGUGUCUACUAACGUCACAGAGUAG